AUGGCUUCGUCUUUACAACCAGGAUAUACACUUUCGACCGUGUACGGAUCCGUAGACGGCCUACCUACCCCCACGACCGUUCCGAUUACUACCGCAACGCUGUCCACUCAGGAUGGAGCAGGCACAUCGUCGAACGCUACUUCCCCAGGAGCAUCUACAGCCGGAGCAGCUACACCAACAACCGGCGCUUCAACGACACCAGGCCCGAAAGUGGCGAGUGAGACGCCCGGUCCGGGAACACCUUCAGCAUCACCCACAUCGACAAACAAAUCGUCGUCUUCGGGAGUAUCGACGGGCGCAAUCGCCGGUGCUUCCGUAGGUUGUCUCCUAGCCGGUGUCAUCAUCGGUGGUCUCAUCGCCUUCUUGCUUCUCGGACGAAAGAAGCGGAAGAGUGGAAGAUACUCGCCCCAGAGUUCCGACACGGGGCACAUCAUCGUCGGCCCAGAGUCCAAAGCCUUGGCUUCUUCAGCUCCCGCCAACCACAGCGACAACAUCCAGAUCAACCAGUUCCUUCUCGACGCGACGCCAGACAAGGAGUUGGCUGGUGAACUGCAAUCUCUCGGGGAGCUUAUCCAGCAACAUGUCGAGAACAACUACCAUUCAAACCCGGUCCAAAUCGAUACCCACGCCCUCGCUCCCAGUCUUUCAAACUUGGGAUUGGGAGAACUAUCCAAGUUCAGCACGGAAGAAAUUGCUUCACUCUGCAUAGAUCCGAAGACUAGACAGGCUGGCCUCCAACACGUCGUUUCUCUCGCGGUCUUUGGAAGCAUAGACUUCAAGGCGAAGAGCCGUUACUCCAUGCUGCCAGGACCCAUUGCGUCUUUCCUCCAGUCCAUCCCACCAGUCGAGUCGCGUGGAGCAACUACACUGGCGCUUUCACAAUGGCGAAGUCUAUCGGCUUUCCUCCUCCACCCAAAUCGCAGUCAGCGUAUUCACCUCUCUCCAAAUGAGUCGGAGGCAUCUCCCAAAGCACAGAGCCUCGCCACCGCACUCAACGCAUAUCUCCGUCACUUCGUUCCGGCGGAUCAAGGGAGCCAGCGUCAGCAGCUGGACCAUCUGCAGGCUGUGAUCCUGGAAUGCACGAAGCUCGGCUACGAGAUCGUGUCUCAGCCCAGUGAUUGGCGCUUCACUUACAAGACCGAAGAUGCAGGCAUGGAUCCCAUCACCAGCUCCGUGUCUGCUCUCCACGCGACCUACCAACUCAUUCUCUUCAGUGUCGACGUUGACCAGGUCCCAUCUCAAGUCCGCCGCAGUCUUGAACUCGUACAGACAUGCCAUCGAGAUCUUCAACAUCUGAUCGAAAUCCGGAACGAAUGCCUGCACUUGCUUGAGAAGACGCCCAUCGUACUCAACCGCGUGAACGUAAUCAUCGCCGCCGCAGACAAAGGCCUCAUCGAGGUGUGUCAGAUUGUCGAGAAGUGCCGGCCUGACGCCAACAACGGCAAGGUUCCCUUCAAGAACCGUGUCGGAUGGGUCUUAUUCGAUUCGAGAGAGUUCAGAGCACAGGAACCUGUGAUCAGCAGACACCAUGCAGCGGUGUUGUCGGAGCUGAACUUCUUGAGGCAAACGGCGCUUCUCGCACCGCAGCUACAACAACAGAAGCCAGCUAUCACCACUGAGAUCAAGAAAGGAACUGAAAUCUUCGACAAUGUCGCUCUUCUCGGUGGCCUCAUGGGAGAAAUGGCGUUCUCAGGUAUGGCUAGCCACAACCUUUUUCCCAAGUUAUGCUUGCUUGCUGGCAAUGCUUCCGUGAUCAUCUAA